GCCUGCGCAGUGCGGGCCGCGGCGCGUGGCAGGAAGCGGAAGCGGAAGGGCAGGGGCCGGCCCGGCUGAGUCCUGACGUGUCCCUCCCGGGCAGCCGCCGCCGCGCUCCGCGCUCCCGUCCCCGGCCGCCAUGGGGAUAAAAUUUCUUGAAGUAAUCAAGCCCUUCUGUGUUAUUCUGCCUGAAAUCCAGAAGCCAGAACGGAAGAUUCAGUUUAAGGAAAAGGUACUAUGGACAGCUAUCACGCUCUUCAUCUUCUUAGUAUGUUGUCAGAUUCCCUUAUUUGGUAUAAUGUCAUCAGACUCAGCAGAUCCUUUCUACUGGAUGAGAGUGAUUCUGGCUUCUAAUAGAGGUACGUUGAUGGAGCUGGGCAUUUCCCCUAUUGUCACUUCUGGGCUCAUCAUGCAGCUCUUGGCAGGUGCCAAGAUCAUUGAAGUCGGUGACACCCCGAAGGACAGAGCUCUCUUCAACGGAGCACAGAAAUUGUUCGGAAUGAUCAUCACCAUCGGUCAGUCUAUUGUCUAUGUGAUGACUGGAAUGUAUGGAGACCCAUCUGAGAUGGGCGCCGGUAUCUGCUUGCUUAUCACAAUUCAGCUUUUUGUUGCUGGAUUGAUAGUUCUGCUCUUGGACGAGCUCCUGCAGAAAGGGUAUGGUCUGGGUUCUGGCAUCUCUCUCUUCAUUGCUACCAAUAUCUGUGAGACUAUCGUGUGGAAGGCGUUCAGCCCCACCACGGUGAACACAGGACGAGGCAUGGAAUUUGAGGGUGCCAUCAUUGCUCUGUUCCAUCUUCUGGCUACUCGUACAGACAAAGUCAGAGCUCUUCGUGAGGCCUUUUACCGUCAGAAUCUCCCUAACCUUAUGAAUCUAAUUGCCACCAUCUUUGUGUUUGCUAUUGUAAUUUAUUUCCAGGGUUUCAGAGUGGAUCUUCCUAUUAAAUCUGCUCGCUACCGUGGCCAGUACAACACCUACCCAAUCAAGCUGUUCUAUACUUCAAACAUUCCCAUUAUUCUUCAGUCUGCCCUGGUGUCAAACUUGUACGUCAUCUCCCAGAUGCUUUCUGCACGCUUCAGUGGGAACUUACUGGUUAGCCUGCUGGGCACUUGGUCUGACACCUCAGCUGGAGGCCCUGCUCGUGCUUAUCCUGUUGGUGGACUUUGUUAUUAUCUAUCACCUCCGGAGUCCUUUUCUUCAGUGUUAGAAGACCCUGUCCAUGCAGUUGUUUAUAUUGUAUUUAUGUUGGGUUCCUGUGCUUUCUUCUCUAAGACGUGGAUUGAAGUCUCUGGCUCCUCUGCCAAAGAUGUUGCCAAACAGUUGAAAGAACAGCAAAUGGUAAUGCGAGGCCACAGGGAAACUUCAAUGGUACAUGAACUGAACAGGUACAUCCCUACAGCUGCUGCGUUUGGUGGCCUCUGUAUCGGUGCCCUCUCUGUGUUGGCAGACUUCCUUGGGGCAAUUGGGUCCGGAACUGGAAUCUUGCUCGCUGUCACCAUCAUUUAUCAGUACUUUGAAAUAUUUGUAAAGGAACAGAGUGAAGUUGGCAGUAUGGGAGCUCUUCUUUUCUAAACCUAGCUUCUCAUGGACCCAGGAGAGAAGGGAACAACACUCUCAAAAGUAUCCAGUCAGAUGCAAAGAAGUAACGUAAACUUGAUAAUGUCAUUCUAUAGGAACACGUAUUUUAAUAAUGUUUCCAAAGUGCAUUCCCUUACGUUCCAACUUUUCUAGCAUACUGUUUGCAUUUUAUAAAUUGCUGGGGAAAAAUGUGCAAAAUUUUUUUAACUAAAAUUGUUUUUUAAUUAUGUGUAGGGGAAUCAGCUUUCUGAAUUGGGUUUAGUUCAAUGACUCUUGAAUUUUUUUUUUUUAUGCCCUCUAAAAACCUAUACAGGUUUUAAUGAAUAACUAUGGGUAGGGUUGAAUGUUCGGGAGGGAUUUUUUUUUCCCCAUUUAAUUUUUUUACAGCUCCAUUGCAGUAAUAGUGAGAAAAACCUCUCCCCCUAAUGCCUCAGUUCCGUAACAACAAUUGUAAGCACAAACAGUGUUUAAUAUGUUCAGUUUUGUGAUGUAUUUUUGUUCAAAUAUGGCAGAUUUGGGAGGCAGUUGCUGCUUUUCACUCUAAAUAGCAACUCUAAUUCGGAAUGUCUUGUCUUGUAAUCACUGAGCUGGACCUUGACAGAUCUCAGAUAUUGACUUGAGGCUCAUCAGGUUUCAUUAAGAGAAUGUGUUCUUUCCCAUCACUCUUCUCCAUAAGCAGAAAACUCAGGUCAGUAGAGGUUGUGCCAGAGUCUGUGCCUAAGGAAUGGCACCUUUUGAAACUUGGUAAUAUGACGGCUUUGUAAGAACCUUCUAAUUGUGUCUCCUUGCCGUUUGCUGUAGUACUUCUAGUUCUGACACUAACUGAAAGAAAUGUGUUAUGGCAACUCAGAUGCAAAUCAGCUUGUAUCCUCUGCUGAAGCUAGGUUUCAUCAGUUUUAAAAAUUCUGGUCUUGCAGUCAUCAGGAUGUUACCUGACUGCAUCUACAUAUCUAGUGAAUUUUGAUUCGUGCUCAUACACAUUCUUUUCACACACCUUUGUGUGCACAUCUCUUUUUGCUACAAUUGUCAUAUCUAGUUGUAGAUACGAGACCCUUGUCAGGUAACUCUUAGUCGUGCAGGAGGCUUUUCCAUCAUAUAACAAUGUUGACCUGAAUGGUGCACUGAAAAGUACUUUUUCGGAAGGUAAUGGGACCCUUUUUUUGCAGCAUCAUGCCUUCUCAAAAUGGAGAGGUUACAGCAAAAGGCUUGAAUGGACCAGAAUAAUCCUUAAUUUUCCAUUUUUGUUGAGAUUGUCAGUACUAAUUAGGUGCCUAGGACCAAAUGCAAAUAUCUGUGUACGAGUCUUGUAAAUACAUCUUUCUGCAGUCAGUGUUGGACAACAUGGAAACCAGAACUAGAAGUUGUGAUGUUGGAAUGUUUCUGUACGCGGUGUCACCAUGCCUUCUGUGCAUGUAGUGCCAGCAGUGCAGGAUCUACUGCUUCUGCUGGGAGUGAUGGGACUCUUACAUUCCCGAGAAGCUCAGCUGACAUCCAGGAGCCCUUGUUAAUGCACUGAGCAAAAGUACCAAAUGCGUGAGAAAUCUGCAAAUUCAGAAUGAAAUACACCUGUCUGUAAAAAUGAAGGCCUUGGGGAAAGGAUCACCAUAGGAAAACGAACAAAAGGAUUGGGUUGAAACAUCUGGAACGCUCACUGCCAACUGUUCGCUGUUGAUUCACACUACUUUCUUUUGUAAUUUCCCUGUGUGGUUCUUUAUUAUAAAGUACUAGCAUGCCACAGUGCGAUUGUGAUGUGAAAUCAGGGACAGUUCAAAGUGACUGGAGAGGGAGGGAGUACGGUGUGGUUCUUUUUCUUUGAGGAUUUUUUGGUUGGUUUUCCAAAAAGUCCCGUGUGAUAUUUUUUUUCCUCCCUUUUUAUUUUUAAUAAAACAGACUCCACUUCUGGGUGUGCAGUUCUGGCUGGGCUGGAGCUGGGCAUAGAUUUUUUUUUUGACCAUAUCGUCCGUUUUCACUGGUUGCUGUUUAGACCAUCAGCUCCUGGGUGUCUGAGCAGCACUCGUUCUAUGCAUCUGUAUUUUUGUUGUCCAGUGCUGGAGUCUUUGUUAUGGAGCAGCUGUGUCCUGGGGGCAGGACCUGCUGAUCAUACAGUGGAUGUUCACAGAACAAUGCCUAAACAAUCUGCUUUAUAAUGAAAUAAAGUACAUCUUUGGAGCUAA